CGGUAGUGAUAUGUAUUCACCUUAAUUUACUACAUGUAAUAUUUGAAUAAAACAAACGGAGGGAGUGGUAUAAAAAUGUUUAUAUUAAAUUCAAUUAAAAUACUGAAUAUUUUCUUUCCAAUAGGCCAUUUAGAUUUCCCAAAACCUACUGUUGACAGUUCGGCAGAUCUCGCGAUAUCUCCGCUUAGCAACUGCAAUGUUUGGCCCGGAUACCACAGCUUUGCUAGGUUCAAGAAGCCAAUUAAGAUUGCCGUUCAUAUGCAGUCUCCCAGUGGAAACCAGCUCUGGUUCCCAGGUCCAUCCCUGUGGAGCCUGAUCACUGAACAUGUGCCGGGGUCAGAACUGCCAAAGAUCCGUGCAGCACUGGGCCACUCCCUGGUUGACAUGUACACAGAGGUGCACACUGAGGUAGAGAUGUGGCACAAGAUGUGGCAGGAGAGCCAGGGAGGUGGAAACCAUUGCAGCAGAUCAGGGACCCCACUCCCACGUCAGCAAGCCCCCUUCCUAGCUGACCCGCCUGCUGUCAAAGAGCUGGUGAGGGCUGAGGUCAAGAUGUUACUACAGACUCUGAUGGAGAGAGACAGUAGGGAAGGGAGAGAUAGUAAAGAGCUCCUGUUCUGGUACAAACCUGAGACUGUAAACUAUGCCCUCGGUCACCUUGAUAGCUGUUACAGUAACUGUCCUCUCCCUGAAGUUACUGCUAAUAGAAGCAGACCGAGCUCUCAGUGUUCAGUCCAGUCCAGCGCUGAAGAAGAGAUUGAAGCAGUGAGAGAGAAGCUGAAUGUCACUGACAUUGACCGUGUAGCAGACCACCUCAAGUCUAUUCUAAUGGAGGAAUGUAAAGGGUUGAAUACACUGUUACAGCAUUUAAAGCGAAAUAUUAAACAGAAGUACAAAAGUAAAUGUGAAUUUGAUCAGUCAGAACCUAGCCUUGCAGAGUUGAGCGAGCUAAGAGCAGCUAUACAAAUGGAUUUAGAGCUCUACCCUUCUUCAUUUUCUGCCUCACCCACACCCUCGUCCCCUCGCUCUGUGAAGAAAUUGAAAAACAGGCUCAGACUGUCAGCAGGACAAAGGGCUUCUGAUGAGACUCUGCGAGCUUUAACCACUGCAUCAAACCUAAGACCACAUCCACCUCUAUGUCAUUCUAACCCCAAGCCACCAGCUGGACCUCCUCUGACUAAGACCUCUGCAUCAGUCAAACCAGUUAAUACUUCCUCACUAUCUAGCAUUCACCAUAGAAGCACAAGCAAAAUACCUAUCUGCACCAACAUCACCACUCCUGUGCAUGUGAACAGCCACUUCACCACUGACCAGAUAAUGAUUAAAAGCAAUCACCUCUGCAGUCUUUGUUCAGAGCACGACAGAGCCAGUCUCCACCGCAGGACCCCAAAUUCGAGUCCUAGUUUUCAGAUGGAACUUCAGAGAAACUCAUCGAUCCAUGAAGCCCAUCUGUCAUCCCAUUGCAGUAUUCACAGUCUAAGCAAAGAGUGUGAUUUGUCAUUUCAGACAGAGAGAAAAAGCAGCCCUGUCUGGAAGUCAAGCAAUAUCGAUAUUACCCCCCCACCCAUUCCUGCUCUGUGUGAGGCAGGCAGUUACAGCUGCAAAACUAGUGACCUAACAGUAAAAACAAAGGCACAAAAUGGAAAUCGGAAAAGUUCCUGUAGAGGUAGUUUUGUGUCAGUAACAGUGCAGACAGGUAAUGACAGAAACAAAAGAUCACAUGGUGGCUUCACAAACCAGCCGAAAAGUGUCCAAGAGGGACAGAUGGAGCUAGAGUUUACCAACUUUUACCAGCCUGUCCCUCCUGCAAGACUGACAACUUGA